AUGGACGGGAGGCUGGCUAGGAUAGUUCUGUGCGACACCAGCGAAGCCGUCUGCGACGGCUGGCGUAGAAUGCUGACGUCCCGCUGCGGGGACCUCAGCGUGUCGGUGUACCAUGGCACGCUGGGAGCGCUUCUGGAGCGCGAGUGCGGUGGCUCGGUCGCCGUGGUGUCGCCGGGGAACUCGUUCGGGUUCCUUGGCGGCGGGUUCGACCAGGCGUUGUGUCAGCAGCUUGGCGGAGAGCCGUUUGAGACCUGGUUCAGAGCUAAGCUCCACGAGCGGUACUAUCCCGUCGGGAGCGCGACCGCGGUGGAGCUUGGCGGCGGGUUUUCGUGUGGAGCGGUGCGGUACGUGGUGCAUGUUCCGACGAUGGUAGCGCCUUGCCGAUCUGUUUACGAUCGUCGCAGGUGUGUGGCAACUGGCUACUCGCGCGUGUUUGAUGCGAUGUGGAACGCGUUGGUGAGCUGUCCGGCGGACGUGCAGACGCUGGUGGUGCCCGGGCUGGCGACAGGCUACGCUGGGGUGCCCUCGGAGGUCGCCUGCAAGAGCAUGGUGUUUGCGUUGCGGGUGUUCGCACUGCCGGCGAAGCUGUUCUCGCGCGAGCUGCAGAACGUGCUGAUCAUGCACUUCCUGGGGUGUGGUUACGGCGGGUUCUUUGGCGAGAGGUCUUUGCGCGAGUGCGAGAGAUGGGGGAUCAGCGUCGAGGCGCUGCAGCGGUUCGACGCGAGCCGCGACAGCAUCGAAGACAUCCUGCCGGCGGUCGAGCUCUAUGUAUAA